CAACACUUAAAUUUUGGAAUAUAAUAUUUGCGAUUCGAAAUGGCAAUACCAAGGAUAGGCUAAAAGAAAAAAAGUGCUUGAGAUCGUAAAAAGGAAGGGGUAAAGGAUUUUAAUUGAACAUUUUGAUGAAGUUUCCUAAUUUUGAAAUUUAGUUUUUUUUUGGGUAACUUACCAUGGCUGACAAAGAACAAGUUAUCCAAGCUCUCAGAGCAACUCUGAUAUCAGUUAAAGGAGCAUUGACAAUAAAGCAAUGUAACAGGGACUAUCGAGAGCUGCAAGGUGAAUGGAUUCCAUUUAAGAAGCUUGGUUAUUCAUCAUUGGAUAAACUUUUUCUUGAUGUCCCUGGCUUUAAAGUGACUCAAGCCAAUGGUGAAUGGUAUGUUGAUGCCAUAGCUAGUCAAGAAACCCAGCAUAUAGCCGCUAUGGUCUCACGUCAAAAGUCGAGUAAAAAGGCUCCAAAAUUAAGCUAUCCAAAUCGGUUUCCCAAAAAACAAGGAUCAUGGAGAAAGCCUUCUUCUGGAUAUGUAUCUAACUACAAUAACCAGUACUCUAACCAAUAUUAUAGAGCUAAAGGCAGCACUCCAUUCAACAAUAACACUCAACAUUAUAAGACUAAUAAAUACAAUUCGAGUAAGUCGAACGAAAGUAAAAUAACGGCGAAUGUUAAACAAACAACGAAGUCAGCAAAUGACCAUGUAGAUAAAGUACUGAAAAGUUCCAAUUCAUCGCAAAGUUUGAGAGAAUCCAACAACACACAUAAUGAAGAGUUGAAGCAACCAGUGCGACCAAAUAAUGACAUGGAUGUUAAAUAUAGUGGAAAAGUAUCAGCAUCGCAAAGACUUUCCAAUUUAAGAGACAGACUUAAUACAGUGGAUCUUAUACCAUUGCAGUUGCCUGCUGCUAAUAACGAAUGUUUGGAAAGCAGUGGUCCUGUAACAAAUGUUGUGCCAGCUCACAACUUAGAACCACCUCCCGAUUCUACAUCAUCUGUUGAAAAAUUAGCGUGGACUUGUAAAAAGCUUGGACUUCCAGAACCUGUGUACAAGGUGUAUGAGUAUAAGCCUAAAAGGGGACCCGUGACCUUCGACUGCACAGUUAAAGUCGGAGGAUCAUAUAGUGUUUCCUCUUAUCCUGAUUCGUCACCAUCUGAAGAUUUAGCUAAAGAAGUCGGGGCAGUGAAGCUUCUUUCGGCUAUAGAAAGUUCCGAAGCUGGUGGAAAGCCAACUUCUUCAAGCAGCAAUGCUAUUGUAUACUUAACCGAGUUGGUGUCAGAACAUGAAGCAGGGCUGUGGGCCUAUAUAGUACCACAUCUGUACAGAGAAAAAUAUCAAGAAAACCUACCAAGCAACUGGCAAGAAUUAGUUGAAAAUUGCCCUAAAAUAAUAAAGGAUAGAGUUUUUAAUGGACUAUUAGUGUUACUUCCUAAUAAAGAGGAGGUUCCUAUACCACAAUUAGAAACUACUAUUUAUGACGAUUCCAUGGAUAGCGAUCUUCCGCCUUUGCAGUUCCCCGACGAUGAUUUUUGGAAUGUAUUUGUGACCGUCGCAAAUUCAACACUUGAAAUUUGGCUUCGAAUCAUUGGAUCACAAUACAGCGAUACAUUUGAAACACUAUUAGCUGAAAUGUCAAAAUAUUAUGAGCAUGGUGGAUCACCUGUCGACAAAUCAAUGCUUAUUAAAAAUGCUUGGUAUGCUGUUAAUUUAGAUGAUGGUGGCUGGCAACGAGCAAAGAUAUUAGAAAUAGAGGAAGACUCAGCGACUGUGUUUCUGGGUGAUCAUGGCGAUGACGAUGUCGUGUACAUUCACAAAAUCAAAAUAUUAGAGCCACAGUUUAGAAAACUUCCAGCACAGGCAAUCCUUUGCCGUCUGGAAGGCGCGGAAGAACUAGCGGCAAGUACGCUUGGUGCUGAGCUGGUGCGACGGCGACUGCCUGGCGAGGUGCUGGUGGCGGCGCCCGGUCCGCGCCAUGACCCCACCGACCCUUCCGUCGCCGUCGUGCUCUACGAUACUUCCACCCAACGCGAUCUGAACCUCAACAAGGAGAUCGUACACGAUUUCUGCAUCGCGGGCGCUUUCACGAUUACACAGAAACCUUGCGAGGUGGAGGUGGGAUGCGUGACGGAGGAGGGGCGCGUCUGGGUGUCGCGUGCGGGCGGCGCGGCGCUAGUGCAGGGCGCGCUGGCGCUGCUGACGGCGGGCCCCUACCGCCGCCCGCUGCCCGCCGCGCCGCAGGCCCCCGCGCCCAACGCCACCACGCUAUACAUCGUGCGCACGCUCGCCGGCGAUUGGGUUCGCUGCACUAUUAUAAGUGGACUCGACGGUGAAGGAACAGUGAGAACACAGCUCGUAGACAGCGGAUUAAUUUUGAGAGCGCCAUUAUCGUCUCUAGUACCUUUACAGUCCUUUUCUCCAGCUCUAAACGCUUUUCCACCUCAGGCGGUGUCGGUGCGGCUGGGCCCGGCGGAGCGCGCGGCGGCCGGCAUGGUGGCGCGCCUGCGCGACCUGCUGCUGGGCGCCCGCGUGCUGUGCCGCGCGCUGCCCGCGGGGGGCGCGGGCGGCGCGCCCGGCGACGGCAACGCGCCACAUGUCGAGCUGUUCGUGCGCACAGGUCCGCAGAACAUCCUGGCAUCCGUCAAUAACGCCAUCCUCAUGGAAUACGAUUAUCUUCAACAUGGUAAGUUAAAAGAAGAUGAAAAGGACACAACAAACCACGUGGAAGCACUACACAAGAAGAAGGAACGUAUUUUCCGAAGUUUGUCCAUGGCCGGCGAAGAACGCCCUUCGUCUGGCUCGGCUCUACCGCCACCACCGCUGCCAGCGCCUGGCAAGUGCUUCGAUGUGUAUAUUGCGAUGGCUGCUAAUCCAUGGAACUUCGUGGUGCAACCAAAUAGUACUAGACACACCCUGCAGACAAUGAUGUCGUCUUUGCAAACAGAAUGCCCAAAAUUGACUGAGUUAGAUGCUCCUGGAAAUCCAGUUAGUGGUGAACUGUAUACAGUAUAUUACGAUAAAGAUGCAUCAUGGUACAGAGUGACUAUAGCUGGGACAGUUUCAUCAGAAAUGGUAUCUGUAUAUUUCUGCGACUACGGAGAUUUAGCUUUAUUUGCUACCAAAGCAUUGCGGCCAGUGCCUCCAGGCGCUCCCCUGGCGCGGUCGCUACCACCGCAAGCAAUAAAAGCCCGACUAUAUGAUGUAUGGCCACUGCAUCAGGACUGGACUGUAGAAGACUGUAUAAGAUUCCAGGAAUUGUGUGUAGAGCAACAAUUUGUAGGUAUUUGUAAAGAUGUUGGUAAGGAUCCAUUAAAUCCAAAUGAACCCUUAUUGACACUUGAUCUUAUUGACACCUCCACUGAUGAAGACAUUUAUAUUAAUAAACAGUUAGUAACAGAAGGCAGAGCACGAUUGGCAUCUACUUCCUAAGUUAAAUUCUUAUGACAAAAAGUUAAGUUUGUUUAAAUACAAGGUGUAACAGACUACUCUUCAACAUUAUUCACUACUAUUUUUUUUUAUUAUGAGAGAGGUUAACAGACUGAGUUACGAACGUAAAAAUGGCAGUUAUUUUAGUGCUCCACGUGUACACCUAAGUGUGUAUUUUAAACAUGUUAAAUAUGUAUGACAUACAUAUUUGUAUACACAGUACGUAAAAAUUACGACCUAAUAUUUUAAAAUUAGAUGGGCUACUCAAACUACUUGAUCUAUUCUUUCGUUAUUUAUAGUGUCGAUAUUGAGGUAUUAAAUAGUUAUAUAUGAAUAUAAUAACAAGACUAUAAAACUGUAUUAUUCAACUUUACAUCUUCAAGGUAAGUUUAUUGUAUUGUUUCGUCAUAAACACUUCAAUAUUUUUUGGUAUAUUUAAUAUGAUUGCUCAUUUUAAGCUCUGCUCAGCUACUCACUACCUUCAGACAUUAAAGAAUAUCGGAUAUACAUGUAAUAAAAUUUGAAUGAGGUUAAUGGGUACCAGUUAAAUUUGCUAGAAAUUUACAGGGAUACCUAAACAUACAGAGAAAACUGAUCAUGAGUGUAUUUGUAUAUUAGGCUGCAAAGUGUCAACAAUGUCUCAUAUUUUAUAAAUCUUUUGUUUUUGUUUGUUACAUGCUAAGUUAGCAUAAGAUAUAUAAUUUAUUUAAAUAAUUUAGAGUUUAAUAUACAAAUAUUAUAUUGAAAGUGUAACCCAUGCAAUUGUGCCCGUUUAGCACCAAGUCUAAAGUCUAAAUUAUGUUCCUAAUUUUUGCUUUGAGAAUGUCUAAUAUAUUUAAUCUUUUAUAAAUAUAGAGUGACAUGAUAUAGCUUUACAUACUAUAAUAAUAAGUGAUCGUCAGUUGUCUCUAGUUGAGAGUUUGGUUAAAAUGCCUCUUGACGUGUUAAAAGCCAUGACUGACAUACAUAUAUUCAAUUAUAAGUAGUGGGAAGUGAGCAUCAGUUUUUUGUGUAGCUUAAAUAAUUUUCAAACUUAUAUCUUUUUUCGGUUCAGGCUAUUCCUGAGAAACAUACAAACAAGUAAAAAAUAUGCUAUUUGUUUAUUAUAUGUAUAUUAUAAAAUUAAGAAUUAAUUUUUAAAUGGUUAGAUAAAAGUUAUUUAAUUUGGAAUUGAUUAUGACCCUAGACAGUGACAGCAACAAUUUUAUUUCUCGGAUAACAUUUAUCUGUCAACUGAAAAAGCAGUCCUAAAUCGAAUAAUUAUUGAUUCAGUAAACAACAAAAUUGCCGGUGACAGUAAUUAUUAUUAUGCCAUAUACAGUAUUCAGUACGUAAGGCUAGAAGCUCUGGUAAGGUAUAUCUCAUGUAUGUUGUUGGAGUGUAAAAUAAUUGUUGUAUGAAACUAAAAAAUGUACAGGUGAAUAAAUCAAGAAUAUUUUGUUAUACCUUGGAAUGUUAUAUGACUCAUUUAUUAUGUUGUAUGUUUUUGUUAGCGAAAGUGGAAAGGUGAUUCUAUUUGUAGACUUUUUAAAUACAAUAACGUAAAAUACUCCUUAAAAAAGACACCAUUUAUCCUCAACUACAAUUAUUCAUUGUAUUUGGACAAAAGUAAUGUUAUGAUUGAUCUAUGAUUCCGAAGUCUGUGAAAUUAGCAUUCAAUUAUUAUUUUAUAGGUUUAAGCUUCAACAGCAGUUAUUAAAAUUUAUCCAUAUUUAUAAUUGUGGGUAGUUAGUGCAUGUUUCAUGAGAAUCCUCUAUGUGAUAUCUUUGUUUUAUAAUCAGUGAAGUAGAUUUAAAUUAUAUUAUUCUCUGUAUAGAUUGUUUCAACGUGGUUAUUCAACUUUUAUCUCCCUGUGAAGUAGUGUUUAUUAAUGAAACCGUUUUUUAAUAAUAUCGUCAGCAAACUAUUAAAAAUAUAGUUGGAACAUAUAUGUAAAUCUGUAUUCAAAUAUAUCCAAUACUAGCUUAGCGAUACUACCAUAAACCAAUAUGCAAAUAAAUAUUUAAUCUCAUUUUGUGUAUUUAUUUUAUAACCUUAAUAACAAUUCGUAUUUGUACAAUAAAAAUCUAUUGACGUCUGUGGUUAAUGUGUGUGUCUGUCGUGGCCAUUUGAUAAAGUUAUCAAUGGACGAUGGUCUAUUGGCCACAUUGUUGCAUACGGCAUUGUUGUGUAAGAGGAAAAAGAUAGAAUUCGGCUGGACCCAUAUCUUCUACUGCUCCGGUGGCCAUGUGCGCAUCAUUGUGAACGAAUUUUUGACCUAAAACUCAACAAAUACCAUCGAGCAGCCACCAUAUUCGCCAGAUAUGGGUCCAGCCGAAUUCUAUCUUUUUCCUGAACUCAAAUUACCACUUCAUGGCUCCUGUUUACAAACAGUAGAAGACAGAGGAGAAUAUCGUAAUGCAUAAUAUGUUUUAAUAAUUAAUCUCUUUCCUCAUCAGAUAUAGUUUUGAUAAAAAAGUGGAUGGAGGAAAUUUUAUAUUUCCCACGGUACACCCAGGCGAACCAAGGUGAACAGUAGUAAAAAAACUUCCCGCUGCACACUUAGGUGGUCUCACGAGGUGUACGGUGGGCAAAGAGUGGUAAAAUCGUCAUCAAAAACAAUACACACCACAUGAAAUUAUAAUUAUUUAAUCCAAAUGGAGGCACUUCAAAAACAAACAAAAUAUUACAAUUUAAAAAGUAUCAGUCAAUUUAUAAGUGUAUUAACACACAUUGGAAACAUUAAUGCCACUCUAUUAUCAUAUGGUUUUGAACCUAAAUUUCUCUAUUUUUACAAAUAUCUGGUGCCCAGUCAGAGUAUAAAAAAAAUUACAUUAAAUAUUUUUGCUUCUAAGUGAAAAUAUUUUCAAAUAUAUAUUUGUUUCUCACAUCUCACAUAUUAGACACAUUUGACUAAAAACUUUCAAUAGCAUUGGUUCUCCCUCUUAAACUUAUCAACCAAUAAUGUUAUGUUUUUAGAUAUCAAAUUGGUAUUUGUUUUCCAAUUUACCAGGAAAAGAGAAACAAGGAUUGCUUGAAAUAUUUUAUUUCCGAAGAUCCUCACUAGAUAUUCCAUAUUUCUUUUUCAAUGCAUCAAUUUCCUCUUGUUUCUUUUCAAUAUCCAUACCUUUGAAUGCUUUGUUAGAUCUGUAAUACAGUACUACUAAAUACCUAUUGCAGACAUUAAAGCCUGAUAAAUGAUCACAUGCAUUUUUGGCAUCAAAUAUAUCUUCAUACACCACAAAUGCUGUACCUCUUGUUUCAGGAGUAUUCCCUCUGUAAAAAUAACAUUUCAAUAUAACUUUUGAGAAAAAUAAUAAUACAGCGAAAUCAAAGGGUAGGUAAUGGCAACUU